AUGGAAAAAGAGACGUCAUUUUUAUUAACCAAGCACGUCAAAAAAUAUUGGAAAGAACAAAUUUUUACACGUUUUCAAGAUGAUAAAUAUUUACAUGUCAAUGAUCAUUUUCAAUUUAUACGUUUAACCGAUGCAUUGAGAUCACCUCGAUUGACUUUUCUUGAAUGGUUUAAUCCACCACAAACAACUGUUAUUGCCGGUGAAAAAUUACAAACAUUCAGUGUUGUGGGUGAUGAAGGAGUUACCGAUCGAGUUAAAUUAGAAGAAAAACUUGAAACUAGUCCUCAAGCAACAACUACGCUUAUGAGGGAUCUUGAACCGAUUCAAGGUCGUUCAUUGGUAGACUUUCCUGAUUAUACAUUUAAAUAUCCUGGCCGAUUUAAAAUUCGAGUUGUUAGUCUUGAGUCGCCCGAUAUUCAUACACCUUGGCAAGAAAUUGUUGUUGGUCCUAUCUUAUCCUAUUCAUCUAAGCUAAACACAGUAGCAGACGAGCACAUCUACCUUUCGUCAACAAAUCGUCUUUUAAACGUAACUACAACUGAUAAAGAAAGCCCAUUACUUUCUCAAAGAACACCAAAAAUAACUCUUAGUAAAAAAGAUAAACGUACAUUAAUUACUGUAGUAUACGAAACCGAUAACAACGAUUCAUAUUUAUCAUCACUAAAAUCAAUUAAAGACUUAUCUUCUUAUACUUCAAUAUCGAGCAUGUUACGUAAAAUAGACGAAUCACAUUUUAAUUAUGAUCAAGAACGAAUAUAUAAACCUGAUCAUUAUACACAAACACCAAGUAUUGAAUGUUAUGAGCAUUCAACAAAUACUGAUAUUGAUGAUUUCGAUUAUAAUAAUUCUAAGACAAGACAAAAUAAAAUUCUAACACCAACGCGAUAUCGUUCAGUAACUUCUUCAUCAAUAUCAAAUAUUUCUCCAUUAGUUACUACUAAUUAUCAAAAACGAUCAAACGACAAUGAAACACUCAGUUCUGGUGAGAGAAUUAUUAUACCAACGAAAUUUCGCCUCAAACAAGCGCGUAUUGAUAAACUACUUAAUGAUGAAAAUAAAAAUCUUUCAGAACCAGAAUUAUACAAACCAUUUAUAGAACCAGACAAAUCGCAACGACCACCAUCACGAUACGGACAACAGAAUAGCUUGCAAAAUCGAGACUCGAUGAAGGAAGAAAAUCAAUCAUCGCAACGAUCAUCAUCACAAUAUGGACAACAGAGUAACCUGCAGAAUCGAGACGCAUAUAUCCGAGACUCGAUACAACAAGACAACCAAUUAUCACUACUACCAUCAUCACAAAACAGACAACAGAAGGAUCUUCAAAAUCGAGAUGCAUAUAUUCAAGACUCGUUACCACGAGAUAAACAAUCGCACUAUAACCAUCGAAAUGAAUUCCAACAGCCAAAUGGAUCAGAAAAAAUUCCAGUAGAUAUAUCUUCAUAUAAUAACCCGGCACAAUCAUCAUCGUAUUCGCGAUUUGAUUCAAAUAACGAGACAAAAAUACAGCAACAACAACAACGACCUAUACAAAAUAUUGGUCAAGAUCACACAGAACUGGUAGAUAAUCCAUAUCAAAUAACCUGGGCUAAUUUUGAAUUACGAGGAAGUCGAUCCGAUAAUAAUUUAUAUACUUAUGAACCUAAACGUACUCAAAUGGAAUUAAUAUUGAAAGCUACUUUGCAAAAUUCCGAUGUUCAAAAGUCAGCAAAUGAAUAUAUAUAUGCAACAACUGAUAACCGAAGUGGUACAGAUACACCAUCAAAUAUUAAUCAUCGAAUUGAUUCAAAUGAAACAUAUGAUCGAGAUAGACCACAUUCAUCAAGCCAUGCAAAUAAUCAAAAUUCAAAUAAAAUAAAUCCUAUAUAUGAGGAUGACGAUGAAAAUGAAGCAAAAUAUUCAUCUGCAUCUAAACUACAAGCACCAGGACAACAAACUACAACUAAUUUAGACACUUAUGAUGAUGAAGGUCUUCAUCAACGAAGUCAUUAUUCACCUCAAAGUCGUACACCAACUGACAAUUACGAAAGAAUCCAUCCGAAACAAGCUGAUAAUAUACAAAGUUCUUCAUUAUUAUCAACACCACAAGCAUCACCAUCAAAUUUAUCAGAAAAUAAAUCAAAAUAUUUUUUUGGUAAAAAUAUUCAAAAUCGAAUAUCGGAUGAUGAAAAUAACGAAACAGAAUGUGAAACAUUUGGUCAUGAUUCACAAGCUAGACCUCUUACAAAUAAUAAUACAAAACGUAAUCUUGAUUAUGCAUCUAUAACACAUUCUCAGUAUCCUACUAAUGAUAAUAAUUACUCUGAGAAUCUUCAAUUUAAGCAACAAACUGAUGCCGGAACAACUACUGCUAAUACAUUAACACAAAAUAAACAAUUUUCAUCAAGUACAAAUCAAGCAUUAGCAGGAAAAUCUCAAGAUUCUCAACAAGAAUCACUAAGAAUUACGUCUACUAAUAAGAAAUCUACAUAUAAUGAUGGAAAUAAAAAUAUUGGAUACUCAACUUCACGACAAAGUCAUUCCGAAUCUGACGAUCAAAAUGAUUCUGAUGACAAUGAAAAAAUAGGUCAUGAUCUUGACGCUUUAAAAAUACCACCAAACAAAUUUAAUCGCAAUGAUGAUCAUAACAAACAAACAAAGGGUGAUGAUGAAAAAAAAGUUUACCCUCCUCUAUAUGAAAAUACUGAUCAUGAUUCUCAAAAUGCCGAUGGUUAUAUUGACAACGAUAAUGAUAAUGAUAAUGAGGAUAAUGAUGAUGAUAAUAUUUCAACAGGAGAUGAUGAAAAUCAUUUUGAGGAUGGCAGAAACGCAGUUGACCAUUUGGUAGAAAAAGUUCCAAUUGUUGAUCGAUCAGCAUAUGCUGAAGUAGCGGAAGAUACUUCUGGAUCAAAACAGGAUACCAAUCGUAAAAAGAAAAAAAAGAAGAAAGGUAAAAAACCGAUCGAGAUAAGUGUUCGGCCUACUGACGGACGGCAUUUGUAUACACAUGGUAUCAUACCACCUAGACCACAUUCAGCAUCAACAACUGAUAUAACUGAUGAAAUAACUGAGAGAACGCCAUUUGAUAAACCACACAAUUUUCGUUAUACACCAAAUAUAUAUUUACGUGAUUCACGUGAUAAUAACGAAGACGACGAAGAAGAUUCCAAUACGAUGCCUAGAUAUCCAGAACAAAAUCGUAAUCGUCCAAUAAUGACCAAAUCUGAAUUAAAAAUCUUUAAAAAUUAUGGUACUCAAUCAGAAGAAAAACCAACACGAAAUAUCGGUACUAUGUCUGAGCCUGUUCAAACAUCUAAUUUUGGUAAUGACGUUCAACCCCAAUCAUCAUCAACUCAGACUUUCGCUUUAAUAGAAAAUAAUUUCAUAUCACAAGAUGGAAUAAUCUCUAAAGAACGAGAUGAUUCAGAACCCAAUAUAAUUUACACUAUUCAACGUUCAUCAUCGGUUGAUAGUCAAGAAAAAAAUCGAUUACCUUUGCCAAUACUAUUACGACCAAAAAUUUAUUCUGAUUAUGAACGACAUCCAUCAACAUAUAAAAGUCCUUCAUCUUCAACAGGUCGUCAACCAUAUUUUAAAUCACCACAACUUACUCCCCAACCUCCGAUUCCUCUUCAGGUAUUUUCCCCACCCUUUGAAUAUCGUUCUGAAUCCGACGAAGAACAACAAGAUGAUGUUUCACCGAGCAAUAAACAUCUCAUACCAUUGUUACUCUCAUCAAAUCGUUCACAUAAAGUGAAAAGUCAACGACAAAUGGCUUCCAUUGAAACUGAUACUAGUCUCGAUGGUAUGAGAUCUUCACAACAUCGAGGUGCUCAAUCAGAACCAUUAUCAACAAGAGAAUUCGGUACAACAACUAGUUCACAAAAAAAACGUUCAUCUAAAACCCGUGAUUUAGCUGAUCUUAAUACAAUAUUAUCACAACAAGGUGAUGAUAAAUUAGGACGAAGUGGUUCAUCACCACCAUUAUCAAGAAAAAAUUAUCGACUUAAACCAACUUUAGAUGAUGCAGAGAUUAAUAAUACUGAAAAAAUAAAUUCAAAUCAUGAUAAACCAAUACCAUCAAGGUCUAAUUACAAUUUUGAUUAUGAUCAAAAACAAACUAGAAACUCAUUUGAAAAUGAUUAUCAUCCACCAAGAAGACCUGCAUUUGAAAAAAGAAUAGAUGAAGAAGAACAAGAACUAACUAUUCAUUUAUAUAAUGAAAUACCCAAUCAACAAGAUGUUGCAGAAUUACGAAGUGAUAGUUCGAUUUUACUGCCAUCAACAAAUGUUACACAACCUGAUACGUUUCCACGUGUACGACGUCAACUUAAAUUACCAACAUCUCAACAAAAUACUGAAUCAAAACUUCGUCAUGCUCAACAACAACAAAUACCAUCAACAAACACUUCAUUAGUACUUAAUAUUGGAACAGAAAAUAUUAUUCUUCAAUCACCUGAUAAUGAGUUUACAGUUCCAUUUGAACGGCAAUAUGUUUAUGAACCAAAUCAUGAUUUUACAACAGAAAAUGAACAGAUUCGUUCAUCAACAUUAAAGCGUGACGAUUUAAGGACAAGAAAUAUUCAAAAAAUUUUACUACCUAUACUUAAUUCAUCACGAACAUAUGUUAUUGAAAAACAACCACUUCAUGGUAAUCCUGUUCGUCAAUCACAAACGAAUGGAAAUUUUUAUUUAGCAACAUCACCAACAUUACGUUCAUUAAAUUCAUCAUAUCUAGCUGAUGAUUCAGACAUAAAUCCACUUACACAAAUGAUUGAGACAACAAAUUUAAAUGGACAUGAAUUAUAA